AUGUCCACACAGACGAUUUCCAACAGUCGACAGCUUCCAAACUCGACAACCGAGGCAAAUAGCGGAACGCUCUCUCACCUGACUAGACAGCUGAGCCAGAGCGCGAAGGGGUUUUUCUCGAAGAAGGACGAAGUGACGCCAAUAACACCGUCCCAAUCUUCUACUCCUGGCACACCUGCCGUGGGGGACGUUACCGGGAACCCUACUUCAUUACAACGCUUCCUGAGUCUGGGGAAGACUAGGAAGGAUGGAGGCAUCGAGUUCCCUCCCGCUAGCUGGGACACUGCCCAGCAGGAGAAGCCUUCGGAGGCCGAUCGGAGGUCCUCCAUAGUGCUCCCAGACGAGCCUGCUUCGGUUGAACAUCUCGUGGACCCUGCUGUCACCGACUCUGCUAAUACAAGCUCUGUUGUCCAGUUCUCCAGCUCUUCCAACAAGUGA